CUGAAUUUACGACCUCUUCUCAAGUGGCUCGCAUUCGAGUGAAUUUUUCACUCACCACGUUUCAAUCUCACUCAUCCAAGUACCCGCUCUCUGUUUCUGUGAGUUUUAUAUCGGCGCUGAACUUGAAAAUUACUUUAUUAAUCAUUUAGGAAUAAGCACGUCUAUUAGAAGGCAUUUAUCAUCGCCCAGAAGCUGAGAAACGAAAACGAUAUUAGGCGAAAUUUUUAAUUAAAUAAGAAUACGGUAUGGUGAUUAAUGAUGGUAUUGAAUUGGAGCUCGGGAUUUUCUUAGAAAUGCAGCCAUUUUUUAGCCCCAACUGCAUUUCGACCAUAUUAAAUGAUCCGAUUCAGCGCCAUUUUGCCAAAAGGAAAGGAGCGAACUCGCAGGGAGUAAAGUGGUGUGGGGAGCUGCACUCCCAAAGCGCAACUUGCGAUGGUCAUCAAUUAAAUCCAUCGCAGCAGCCGGCGUCCAACACCUCGGAGCGUCUCACCUUACUCUGCCUUCCCGUGGCGAGUGGAUGUGGCCCGCUCUACGGGUCCGCCAAUUAAUCAAAAUCGUCGCCGUGUGCAGUCGCCGGAGUACGGAGUCGGAAUCGCAAUCGGAGUCGGAGGUGAAGCUGGGUGGCAACGGCGCGGAGUGGGAGUGGGGUGGCGUGGUGUGGGGCUAAAGAAAUGUCGUUAACUUAAGUGUCCAAUUAAUUAAAAUCGCAUUUAACAGCCGCCAAGCUGCGAAAAGCCAUUAAGAUAGUUUGUCACAAAACACAUGAAUGCCCUCAACCAGCCCCAAACUCCUUCUGUAUAUCUUCCCCCAUGUCCAACCUCCGGCUACCCAACCAAAAUGGAAACUUUGCUCCUUGAGGUUUCUGGAGCUCAUUUUCUCCAUCGUCUCAGUUUUGAGCCUUUGAAACUUCAUUUUGCCACGGUCUUUUCCUUUUUUUCCUAUAUCCUUCUUAAAGUGUGUGUUCCUUAUAAGCCCGUGCUGUUGUUGCCAUUGUGGCUUUCAUUUUUGGCCGUUUCAAGUUUGGUGUGGGCAAGUUUAUAAAUUUGAGCUGCUUGCUCAUGUGGUUGUCUGGUUGUUCGUUGUGGGUUUUGGUUUUUGGUUGUCUGCCCAGGCGAUUUCACACUCAACUUCUCCGUAAUAAGAUUAAUUUUGUGGGCAUUGCCACUAUCUCUAGCGGGUCUUUUAAGAGUCUUUUAAAUCUUAAAGUCCAACCAGCAAGGCAUCCUUAGGACCUAAAGUUAAUUUCUAAUUAUUUUUAUUUGAAAAGAGCU